GAUAAAAACGGCACAGUAUUAUAUUUUUAUGGUUUGUGGAUUAAGCUUAUGUUUUCAAGAAGCACUUGAACGCAGCACAGUCAUCUUUACAGUAGCGGACCGUCCAAACGAGCUUUUAAAAUGUUUAAAAAAUUAACACAACGUCGCUUUAUGUCAAAGAUGUAAAGUAAAUGAGAUGUAUCGGAUAAGUACGGGUGAUGUGUUGCGAAACGUGGGCAGGAGGACCGGGCCAAUCGGUGCCGGAUGCGGCUUCUCCUCCCACCACGUCGAGCCGGGGUCGCAGUAUGGCCGCCUCUUGUCACGUGCAGGAUUAAAGCGCUCCGCAGCAGAGAACAUGUCGGCCGCGCUGCUGCUGAGGACGUGGCUGAGCAGAGUGCCACGGAGCGCGGCUCGUUACCACACCGAGAGAGGAGUGUACGGAUACCGACCCAAGCAGCCGCGGCUCGGCAGGGAGCAGCGCGCGCAGCUCGACCUGAUCGCUGCUCUCAAUCGAGAUCAUGGACUCGCUCGUCUGGUGGAGGCGUACAGGACACACGGACACAGAGCUGCUAAAAUCAACCCCUUACUGCCCCAGCAGCCUGCUGGUGACGGAGUCCCGGAGAUCGACCUGCUGGCCGGCAGCGUGGGGGGGACCCUGAACACAACAGGUCUGAGACACUUUGGGAAGCCGCAUGCCUCGGUGGAAGAAGUUCAGGCCUACCUGGAGGAAACCUACUGCGGGCACCUGUCGGUGGAGACGGGCCAGCUCAGCAGUCUGGAGGAGAGGCAGUGGUUCGCCGAUCGCUUCGAGGAGCUCAAGAGAACAGACUUUUCCCCAGAGGAGAGGAAGCACCUGGCUAAGCUCAUGCUGGAGUCUCAGGAAUUUGACCACUUUCUGGCCACAAAGUUUGCUACUGUGAAGCGUUACGGAGGAGAAGGAGCAGAGAGCAUGAUGGGAUUUUUCUACGAGCUCUUCCACCAGUCGGCCCACAGCGGAGUCACCGACAUCGUCAUCGGGAUGCCUCACAGGGGGCGACUCAACCUCCUGACCGGCCUGCUGAAGUUUCCUCCAGAGCUUAUGUUCCGUAAAAUGCGAGGCCUCAGCGAGUUCCCCGACAUCUCGCCAGCCAUCGGGGACGUUCUGUCCCACCUCACCUCCUCGGUGGACUUGGAUUUGGGAGCAGCUAGUCCUCUUCAAGUCAGCUUGCUGCCCAACCCGUCCCACCUGGAGGCCAUCAACCCCGUGGCUCAGGGGAAAACUCGGGCCAGACAGCAGCUCAGGAAAGAAGGAGACUAUUCACCGGAGGAGAACGCCCAGCCUGGGGACCAGGUCGUCUGUCUGCAGAUCCACGGUGAUGGCUCCUUCACCGGUCAAGGAAUUGUUCCUGAAACUUUGACCCUUUCAAACCUUCCCCACUACAGAGUCGGUGGGAGCAUCCACCUCAUUGUGAACAACCAAGUGGGUUACACCACUCCGUCGGACAGAGGAAGGUCCUCUUUGUACUGCAGUGAUGUUGGUAAAAUGGUGAACUGUGCCGUGAUCCACGUGAACGGUGAUGCUGCUGAGGAGGUGCUGCGAGCCGCUCGGCUGGCUGUGGACUAUCAGCAGCAUUUCAGGAAAGAUAUCGUCGUGGAUCUGAUCUGCUACCGUCAGUGGGGCCACAAUGAGCUGGACGAGCCCUUCUUCACUAACCCAGCCAUGUACAAGAUCAUCAGAUCCCGUAAGAGCGUUCCUGACUCCUACUCUGACCAGCUGAUCUCAGAGGGUCUGAUGACAGGAGAGGAGAGAGCAGAGAUCAAGUCUCAGUUCUACGGCAUGCUCAACGACAAGCUGUCCAACAUGACUCUGUACACCCCUCCACCCACCAACCUGCAGGGCCGCUGGGGGGAUCUAGCAGAGCCCCAGGCCAAAGUCACCACCUGGGACACGGGGGUGCCCGUACCGCUGCUGCAGUUUGUCGGAGCCAAGUCUGUGGACAUCUCCGAAGAAGUUCAGCUACACAGCCACCUCCUAAAAACUCAUGUUCAGGCUCGACUGCAGAAGUUAGAGGAGGGAACCAAACUAGACUGGUCGACAGCGGAGGCUCUGGCUUUCGGCUCGCUCCUCUGCCAAGGUUUCAACAUUAGAAUAAGUGGGCAGGAUGUUGGGAGAGGCACGUUCAGUCAGCGACAUGCCAUGGUUGUGUGUCAGGACACAAACGACACGUACGUCCCUCUGAACCACAUCAGCCCCCAGCAGAAGGGCUUCCUGGAGGUGUGCAACAGCCCUCUGUCCGAAGAGGCGGUGCUUGGAUUCGAAUACGGCAUGAGCAUCUCCCAGCCGAUGCUUCUGCCCAUCUGGGAGGCUCAGUUUGGAGAUUUCUUCAACGGCGCACAGAUCAUCUUCGACACGUUCAUCUCAGGAGGUGAAGCCAAGUGGCUGCUUCAGUGCGGGAUGGUGAUCCUGCUGCCUCAUGGUUACGACGGAGCCGGACCCGAACACUCGUCGUGCCGCAUGGAGCGCUUCCUGCAGAUGUGCGACAGUAAAGAGGAGGGCGUGGAUGGUGACAACGUGAACAUGGCGGUGGUGAACCCCACCACCCCCGCCCAGUACUUCCACCUGCUGAGGAGGCAGAUGAUCCGAAACUUCCGCAAACCUCUCAUCGUGGUCGGACCCAAGACGCUGCUGAGGUUCUCUGGGGCAGUGUCCAGUUUAACUGAACUGGGACCAAGAACAAGCUUCAGGCCGGUGUUGGGGGAUACUUCCGUCUCUGCAGAAAGAGUCCAGAAGGUGGUGCUGUGCUCGGGGAAGCAUUACUACGCCCUGCUGAAGCAGAGGGAGGCUUCAGCAGCCAACCAGAACACAGCGCUGAUCCGUGUGGAGGAGCUGUGCCCGUUUCCUGUGGAGGCUCUGCAGCAGGAGCUCAAGAAGUACCCGGAUGCCAAAGCUGCUUGGAGGGAGGACGAGAGUCCCCAGAGAACCAGUCCAAUGAUCUCCUGCUGA